AUGUGUCCCCGAAUGCCAGCGGAGUGCUUAGCAGGACAAGUCCUGGACCACUGUAACUGCUGCCCUGUGUGUGCCUCUGGAGAGGGCGAAGCGUGCGGUGGCAAUGGAAAGCUUGGAGACCCGGUGUGCGAAGAGGGGUUGGAGUGUUCGGUGUCCGGCGGAGUGGGGUACUCUGCCACGGUUAGAAGAAGAGGGAAGAGCGGCGUUUGCGCCUGUAAAACUACCGACCCUGUAUGUGGUAGCGACGGUGUAUCCUACCGUAACAUCUGCGAGCUCAAGAGAGUCAGCAACCGGGCACUGAAACUUCAGCAGCCACCUGUUCUGGUCAUUCAACGGGGAGCAUGUGGGAAAGGUAAAGGCUUUGAAGAAUAUUAUACAUAUAAUUCCCAUUUCACCGUCUUGAAUGUGCUAUUUGUGUGUAUUUCAUAUUUAUUCUUUCUGGUGGGUUCCUUACUUUAAAUCAGUGAGCAUAACUCGAUUACAACUUUUCCAUUCAAUCGAUGCUUUACGCGAAAAUCCAAUCUAUAUCAAAUAAAGAUUCAGCCUUGCUGAGAUUUAGAGUCAUGAAUUCUCGUCAGAAAGGAAUCAGUGUGUGACAGACUGGUGACAACGGCAUCCAGAUGUGACAGCUGGUUAUGUAUCCCAGGGGCACAAACAUCAAGUGUCAUUUGACAGCAAAACAAAGACUACCAUUGAAAUGCGUUGGUUUUUGUUUUUGUUAAUUCACUCAGACUAUCAGUAAUCCUUGCUUAGUUUUGCUUGUUUGAAAUAAAUCACUAAUUCUAUUAUCUUGUUAUAAACGGUAUGGAUUAGCUCUGGUAUGCAUACAGUCACAUGGGAAUUACCCUCCAAAUUAAUUUGUCUAAAGUAGCAUAAUUAAUGCAAUAGGUCAUUGUUGCUGACUUCACCACAUCAAAACUAUGAAAUAACACAUAUGGAAUCAUGUAGUAACCAAAAAAGUGUUAAACAAAGCAAAAUAUAUUUUAGAUUUUAUAUUCUUCAAAUAGCCACCCUUUGCCUGGAUGACAGCUUUGCACAUUCUUGGCAUUCUCUCAACCAGCUUCAUGAGGUAGUCACCUGGAAUGCAUUUCAAUUAACAGGUGUGCCUUUUAAAAAGUUAAUUUGUGGAAUUUCUUUCCUUCUCAAUGCGUUUGAGCCAAUCAGUUGUGUUGUGAUAAGGUAGGAGGGGGUAUACAGAAGAUAGCGCUAUUUGGUAAAAGACCAAGUCCAUAUUAUGGCAAGAACAGCUCAAAUAAGCAAAGAGAAACAACAGUCCAUCAUUACUUUAAGACAUGAAGGACAGUCAAUACGGAAAAUGUAAAGAACUUUGAACGUUUCGUCAAGUGCAGUCGCAAAAACCAUCAAGCGCUAUGAUGAAACUGGCUCUCAUGAGGACCGCCACAGGAAUGGAAGACCCAGAGUUACCUCUGCUGCAGAGGAUAAGUUCAUUAGAGUUACCAGCCUCAGAAAUUGCAGCCCAAAUAAAUGCUUCACAGAGUUAAAGUAACACACACAUCUCAACAUCAACUAUUCAGUGGGAACUGUGUGAAUCAGGCCUUCAUGGUCAAAUUGCUGCAAAGAAACCACUACUAAAGGACACCAAUAAGAAGAAGAGACCUUCUUGGGACAAGAAACACGAGCAAUGGACAUUAGACCGGUGAAAAUUUGUCCUUUGGUCUGGAGUCCAAAUUGGAGAUUUUUGGUUCCAACCGCUGUGUCUUUGUGAGAUGCGGUGUGGGUGAACAGAUGAUCUCUGCAUGUGUAUUUCCAACCGUAAAGCAGGGAGGAGGAGGUGUUAUGGUGUGGGGGUGCUUUGCUGGUGACACUGUCUGUGAUUUAUUUAGAAUUCAAGGCACACUUAACCAGCAUGGCUACCAUAGCAUUCUGCAGCGAUACGCCAUCCCAUCUGGUUUGCGCUUAGUAGGACGAUCAUUUGUUUUUCAACAGGACAAUGACCCAACACACCUCCGGGCUGUGUAAGGGCUAUUUUACCAAGAAGGAGAGUGAUGGAGUGCUGCAUCAGAUGACCUGGCCUCCACAAUCCCCAGACCUCAACCCAAUUGAGAUGGUUUGGGAUGAGUCGACCGCAGAGUGAAGGAAAAGCAGCCAACAAGUUCGCAUCAUAUGUGGGAACUCCUUCAAGACUGUUGGAAAAGCAUUCCAGGUGAAGCUGGUUGAGAGAAUGCCAAGAGUGUGCAAAGCUGUCAUCAAGGCAAAGGGUAGCUAUUUGAAGAAUCUCAAAUAUAAAAUAUUGAUUAAAACUACAUGAUUCCAUAUGUGUUAUUUCAUAGUUUUGUUUUCACUAUUAUUUUACAAUGUAAAAAUAGAGAAAAACCCUUGAACUUUUGACUGGUAGUGUAUAUAUAUAUGUAGUCACCCCUUCAAAUUAGUGGAUUCGGCUAUUUCAGCCACACCCGUUGCUGACAGGUGUAAAAAAUCGAGCACACAGCCAUGCGAUCUCCAUAGACAAACAUUGGCAGUGGAAUGGCCUUACUGAAGAGCUCAGUGACUUUCAACGUGGCACCGUCAUAGGAUGCCACCUUUCCAACAAGUCAGUUCGUCAAAUUUCUGCCCUUCUAGAGCUGCCCCGGUCAACUGUAAGUGCUGUUAUUGUGAAGUGGAAACGUCUAGGAGCAACAACGGCUCAGCCGCGAAGUGGUAGGCCACACAAGCUCACAGAAUGGGACCGCCGAAUGCUGAAGCGCGUAGCGCGUAAAAAUCGCCUGUCCUCGGUUGCAACACUCACUACCGAGUUCCAAACUGCCUCUGGAAGCAACGUCAGCACAAGAACUGUUCGUCGGGAGCUUCAUGAAAUGGGUUUCCAUGGCCGAGCAGCCGCACACAAGCCUAAGAUCACCAUGCGCAAUGCCAAGCGAAGGCUGGAGUGGUGUAAAGCUUGCCGCCAUUGGACUCUGGAGCAGUGGAAACACAUUCCCUGGAGUGAUGAAUCACACUUCACCAUCUGGCAGUCCAACGGACAAAUCUGGGUUUGGCGGAUGCCAGGUGAACGCUACCUGCCCCAAUUCAUAUUGCCAACUGUAAAGUUUGGUGGAAGAGGAAUAAUUGUCUGGGGCUGUUUUUCAUGGUUCGGGCUAGGCCCCUUAGUUCCAGUUAAGGGAAAUCUUAACGCUACAGCAUACAAUGACAUUCUAGAUGAUUCUGUGCUUCCAACUUUGCGGCAGCAGUUUGGGGAAGGCCCUUUCCUGUUUCAGCAUGACAAUGCCCGUGUGCACAUAGCGAGGUCCAUACAGAAAUGGUUUGUCGAGAUCGGUGUGGAAGAGCCUUGAUCUCAACCCCAUAGAACACCUUUGGGAUGAAUUGGAACACCGACUACAAGUCUGGCCUAAUCAUGCCCGACCUCACUAAUGCUCAUUUGGCUGAAUGGAAGCAAAUUCCCCGCAGCAAUGUUCCAAUAUCUAGUGGAAAGCCUCGCAGAAGAGUGGAGGCUGUUAUAGCAGCAAAGGGGGGACCAACUCCAUAUUAAUGGCCAUGAUUUUGGAAUGAGAUGUUCGAUGAGCAGGUGUCCACAUACUUUUGGUCAUGUAGUGUAGAAUAAAUGAAGGUGAGGCGGAGGUAUGUCUACAGAUAUGCUGUAUUCUGACCUUGACUUAAUUCCACCACCUUUACGCACGAGGAAACCAUGAAUAAGGUCUAGCGAGAGUGGAAAAGGCAUCUACAGAAUUGUUUUCCCGAUAGAAAUAACAACAUUCUCCAUGCACUGUAAUUUACAACUUGAUAAGAGCUAUUGAUAAGAGCUAGGUCAAUGAGUAAUCCGUUUGACACUUGUUUUAGAUAUAUUUAACCUUAUAAUUGCUGGAGACAAAUGUGAAACCAGUCAUAUUGCAGCAAACUGAAGCAUAUCAACUUCCCACAGUAAAGUUUAUGAAAUGCUGUGCCAUUGUGCAGAAUUUAAAUUGUACAACCUUUUAACUUGCAGGGAUGGGCAUUCUCAAAUCUUUUAACACUCUCGAAUAUCUUAAUUAUAUGCUACCCAGACUUUCUCUGUUUCCUAUUUCUAUCAUGUUAAAUAUUAGCCACUAUCAGUAUCGACCGUCAGUAGGCCUAAUAACCACACAUAUUCAACUGCCAAUUUACUGUUAGUUCCCUUCAGUUGGUAUAGCCUACAUUAUCAUCCAUUUAAUUCCAUUGUUUAGUUUACCUUCAUUUGCUUCCUCUGUAAACGCUGUCACGUGCAUGUGGUUGUUGCUGAGGAUUAUUAGUAACAGUUGAUUUUUUAAAAAGACAUGAAGGCUAAUUAAAUCGUUAUGGAGCGGAGCUCAGACCAAGCCGUAACAGUUUGAACCCGACGCCUGGCGCAAUACUUGGCCAUGUCAUCGCACUGUUCCAUGGUUAGUGCAGGCAAUAGACAAGGGUAUAGCCUACUAUUGUACACUAUUCUCCCUAUUAUAAUUAUAUGUACACUAGUCUUCCAACAUUACCAUGGGUUAAAGAACUGAAUGUGGCAAUUUUCAGAAUGAAUCAAAACACAAUUUCCUUUCUUUCAUGUGCAAAGGCUCUCCAAACCAGUUUUUUAUGAUUCAUAAAUACUUUCCUAACCCUAAAUAAUCAACAAGAUAAGAGUAUGUUUAAAGCUACCAAUUGGUGCUGAAACAAAGACGAAUAUGCAUAUACUGUUUUUAGAUGGCUUUCUAUAAUUGAUCGCUAAUAUUCUGAACCUGUUCUCUCGAUAAUAUUCUAUUGAGUCUGUCGACAAAAUUCAAAUUAAAAGGUACACCGUAUUUAAAGGGAUGGCUUAAGAUAAAUGUACUGAAAACCCAAUUGAAUGAAAAUCUGUUGUCCAACAAGUGGGAGGGUUUGCAGCAGUUGAAUUUAAUUUAUUCAGCAUGCGGAAGGGAAUCACCCCUGCAAAGCCCUUUAUGCAACUUCAUAAGGUUAGUCUGAAUACCAACUAGUGAGAAGUGCGUAGGAAAGGCGUGUGUAAGAAAUGCCUAAUUUCCUAAGUUAGAAUCGGGCCCCAUGUGUUUAGUUCAUAGUUGGACCGCAAGGGUUCAAAAUAGUUAUUCGGCUGUCCCCAUUGGAUAACCCUUUUUGGUUCCAGGUAGAACCCUUUUGGGUUGCACGUAGAACCCUCUGUGGAAAACGUUCUACCUGGAACCCAAAGGGGUUCUCCUAUGGGGACAGCUGAAGAACCCUUUUAGGUUCUAGAUAGCACCUUUUUUUCUAAGAGUGUAGGCAUGGAAACUUUCACUUCGCCAGCUACUGUGUGUGUGCUCAUGCUAAAUUUUUAUCACAGUACUUCGAAACGCUGAUUCAUUGUCAGACAGUUCAUGUAUGUGUACUGUAUGUGCAUGGCAGUAGGCUAUCUAUUUUUAAUGUCUUCAUGUGUAUACCUUUUCCAACACAAGGACACACAAGGCAUGCCAAAGUUAUGUCAGAGAGUGUCUCCUCAGUGAUUUUGCAAACAUUUGGGAUGCAAACACUUGAUCCAGCUCCUCUCCAGCUCCAGCCAGCCUAAGAAAACAGAGUGCAGCUCUGUGCCAAGCUACAUGAAGGCCCCUGGCCAAGUAAAGAGAGGCUCCGGACCACUGGCCUCAAUGGCCUCUCUUAAAGCAAACACAUGAAAUUACACUUGGUGCAUGAUGUCAUUUGCAUCUGGUUUCUGAAGUUGUCGAUUAUGCAAGUUGUUUGAACUGGCACAGGAUUUAGGUCAAAUGUUGCUGUCCUGUGGGCCCGUUGUGUGUUUUCUUAAAUAACUAAUUUAGUCACAGAAUGGCAUAUAUGGCCUGCAGAAACAAGUUUGAGAUGUAUUGAUAAGAGGUAAGAGAAUAAACACGACUUUAGGAUGUUGAGAACAACCUUUUCAUGCAUUUCUUUUCAAUGCACACCUAAAGGAACAGCAACAUAAUGCACAGCUCUAGUGAGUGAUUGGGGCUUGCUAGCUUUACAUUGGAAAGCUGUGUUGGUGUACAGUUAGAGAAUGGAGAAUGUGAGUUGUCUGUGACUAUGCUUGGUGGAUCAUGUACAGUACACUGAUCGUGCACAUAUUUUCUCCCAGCCUUCUCGUCUCUGCCUCUUUCUUGCCACUCUCCCCUUCAUCACUCUGUUUCUCUCUCUCUCUCUCUCUCUCUCUCUCUCUCUCUCUCUCUCUCUCUCUCUCUCUCUCUCUCUCUCUCUCUCUCUCUCUCUCUCUAUCUCUCUCUCUCUUUCUCUCUCUCUCUCUCUCUUUCUUUCUUUCUUUCUUUCUUUCUUUCUUUCUUUCUUUCUUUCUUUCUUUCCUUCUUUCUUUCUUUCUUUCUCUCUCUCCCUCUCCCCUUCCUCUGCUUUCUCAUUCUCCAUAUUCCUUUCCCUAUUCCUUUCCCACACUGAGAUCCCACAUAUAAGGCACACUCACAGCCCUUAGGUUACUACCCAGUCCUCUAGACUAUACACUUUCUCUCAUCAGCAGGGUUAUCACGAAACAAUGGUCUAGGGAUUGAAUUGGGAUUGGGCUUUUCUGUGUAUGUUCACACGGCUCAGGGAAUAUGUUUAAUGUGACUUAGGGACCCUUUCAAAGACUUAGUGAGUGUGUAUUUGCUGCACCACAGCUUCGCAGCAAGGUACCUGGAUUACAGUGAUACUGCAGCGGGAAUACAACCCCACUGACACUGCAACCCAAUCCCUCUGCCCGUAGGAUGGGUUACAGGAAGAGCAGCUUCCUUAUGGAAAAACUCAUAAAGCAGCAACAGUGUGGACAGGCAGGCAGAAAGGUGUGUGUUGGGGAGUUCUUGAUACAAGAAUCAGGUUUGUUUUCUUGGAGAGGUCAGUGAGUUUGUAUAGCAGACGUAUGGGAAGUAUAGGGAGAUGGACAGAGUGUGUCUAAUAGAGGGAGAGAUACAUACCAGGGGUGGAGUGUCUCUUUGACAGGAGGUUACUGAGCUGGCCCAUGGAGAUCAUGACUAGUUAAACAAGUUCAUUGUUUCAUUACAUUUGUACAUUUGAGUCAUUUAGCAGAUGUUCUUAUCCAUAGUGACAUACAGGAGCAAUUAGGGUUAAGUGUCUUGCUCUAGGGCACAUCAACAGAUUUUUCACCUAGUCAGCUCGAGGAGUCGAACCAGCGACCUUACGGUUAGCCUACUGGCUCAACGCUCUUAACCGCUAAACUACCUGCCGCAUGAGCUUAUGAGUGGUUUUGUGUGUUGCUACAUGUUGCAUAGACGUAACGAGACAAGUCGAGAGAAAAUGUGGCGCCACAGAACCAUUUGGAAUAACUAUACUACCUCCAUCCUCCUCCACUCUUUCGUCCGGUUCCCCCACCUCUGAGGAGGUGAAGUUGAGGGCUACAGGAGCACGGAUAGGACAACAUGGAUGUUUCAGGGAGCCACAAUAGACAGGCUACAUCUACACCUUGACAUGAUGAUCGGUUUUGAUUUAUUUAAUCAAUAUGACAUUGUUCAAUUAGAAGUGAGACCUGAAGCCUGUUGCUUGAAUACCUUAAAUAUAGCUUGUAUAGCUGUUUAAGAGGGUCUCCCAUGGUCCUCCUCUCUCUACUCUCUCUCAGUCUGUAUUGAAGCAUGCCUGCCUGGGGUCAGAACACUUAAAUCAAAAAGCCAUUAUCUCGGUUUAACUGUGUGUGUGUGUGUGUGUGUGCGUGUGUGUAUAGGAUAUCUUUAAGUAUAUUUUAUUUGACUCUGUCAAUUGCUGGCAGACAGUACAUGUGGGUCGACUCAACAUACUGUAUGUAUAUCAUUCUGUAAGGAGGCUUAUGCAGAUGUCCUCCAUAAUUUCAGAACAGUAAAAACGGAUAGUUAUUAAAACCCCUUUUCAAAGGCAUUCCAAUGAUAUUCAGGAUUUUGGAUGGAGUUGACGUUCCAGUAGAUGCUCUCAUCCUUGGUCCAUAUGCUUUUCUAUUUGUCUAGCGGUCAAUUUUAUUCCAGCAGUUGUUGACCUGAUCUGAGCCCCAGCUCCUCAGACAGAGUGUCUCAUUAAGAAAUAUCCUGUCACGGUCUACAGACGAGGCAACACUGGCAACAGUAACCUGCUCGGCUAUGGAAGGAGCACACACAGACUACAUCUGGUUUGUGAUUUUCCCAAAUCAGCAAGAAAGGUUUCGUCAUCAACUGGCCCAAACCCACUCUCCUUCAUUUCCAAUGCAGUGAUGUGUCUGUGGAAACAAAUCAGUCUGUCUGUGUCAAGAGGACGGGCCAAAUAUCAUCAUAACAUAGAAAAAUGAAGAGGUCAAGUGCUAAAGGAUGACCUCUUUAGAUACUUCAGACUGAUCUCAGGUCUAGAUACCGGAGCAGGCCCACGGACCGAUGCACUCAUAUCUGUACUCAUACCCAUGGGUGGCGCACAAUUGGUCCAGCGUCGUCCAAGGUAGGGGAGGGUUUGGCCGGCAGGGAUGUGGGUUCGUUUCCCACGGGGGCCCAGUAUGAAAAGAAAAAUGUAUGUAUACAUUCACUAACUGUAAGUUGCUCUGGAUAAGAGCGUCUGCUAAAUGACUAAAAUGUAUAUAAAAAAAUAUCUUAAACAUUUGAAGCAGGGACAUAUGCCAUCAUACUAUUCCCAUAUCUUGGGGCAAAUUACAGCUAUCCUGAAGAUAUGGAAUAUGAAUGCCAUCACGGAAUUUCUCCUCUUACACAGGAAAGAAAUGGGGUAUUCUGAACUUAUAAUUAAGUAGGAUACAGUAUGCCAAGACUGUGCUCAUUUUACUCUUGUGUUGGUUUAACUGUGCCUCAAGUAAAACGUUUUCUUUUUUCACAACCCAUCACAGUAACAUUAAAGUUAGAAUAAAGAGAUUUCAGAAUAACUUCUAAUCAUUGGUAGACACAUUCUUCUAAGCUUAUGGGCGCCUCUUUGCUGUUGGGUGGCACGUAAAAUAAUUGAACUAAACAACCUUUAUAAACUACAGCAAGGUGUAGGAUUGUAUGACAAAACCUCUAUAUUUUAAACAUAAUGACUUGAUGGGGGUGUGGAAAGAUGAAGGAGAUAAAGCAUGAUUAUCUUGUUUUUACUUAAAAAGCAAGAUGUCUAUGAUAAUCUUCAGAGAAGACUUACAGUAAUUCACAGCCUGGAAAAAUACUUGUAUGCCUUCUCAGUAUGAUGUAAUUACAUGGUAAGUCAUCAACAUUUUCUGACUUAUCUUCUUACGGAAGAAUCAAAGGCACUUACAGACAGAGACAGAAGCACAGGAUAGACUCUGUCUAUGCCACAAACUGACUGUCAUCUUUUCCAUUUCUCUUUUAGACCAGUUUCAUAUACUGGGCUUAUUCUUGCAUUGCUGUUACAUCAUUUCAUUGUAUUUGUGUUUGUGGUUGUGUUUGAGUAAAUGUUUAUCCCAACGUCCUGUCUCUGUUGUUGUAUCUCUAGCCCAGGACAACCCAAACAGUCUGAGACACAAAUACAACUUUAUCGCUGACGUGGUGGAGACGAUCGCCCCGGCCGUCGUUCACAUUGAACUCUACCGCAAGUAAGAGCGGCACCUGUGUGUAUGUGUGCGUGUGUGUGUGUGCGUGUGCACUUGUUUUCCUAAAUGAUCUGGACCCCAGUGUCCUAACAUUUGACCUUAAUGUCCUGGAAAGGUAGGAAAACAAUUACUUUUUUCAGUUCCUGAAUUUGUUCAAAUGCUAUUUUAAACUUAAGGGUUAGGUUUAGGAUUUUGGGGUUAGGUUUAGGGUUAUGGGUUUUUGGGGUUAGGGUUAGGUUUAGGGUUAGGGAAAAUAGGAUUUAUGGUGAAAACAUUUUACACUCCAAAAAGUCCUGAAAUGUGUGUGUGUGUGUGUGUGUGUGUGUGUGUGUGUACGUCCUUGAAUAUCUGUAGACACAUACCAGAGUUUACUUUACAGCCCACCUGGAUGUGAGCCUACACUAGUUGGGAAAACACUUAAGUCAAAACCCUCCCUUUUAACAUAUUUCUCCUUCUGCUUCUCAUCCUCUUUCCCUGUCUUCAUCUCUCCAUCCCUGUCUUCUCUUCCCUAUUUCUAUUAAUCUCUCCCUUUCUCUCUAUAAAUGUAUCUAUCUCUUUCUCUCCCUCUCUCCCCCUCCCUCUCUCUCAGGAUGGCGUAUUCUAAGCGGGAGGUGGCGGUGUCCAGUGGCUCAGGGUUCGUGGUGUCAGAGGAUGGACAGAUCGUGACCAACGCCCACGUUGUGGCCAAUAAGCAUCGAGUAAAGGUGGAGCUGAAGAGCGGCGCCACCUACGACGCCAAGAUCAAAGACGUGGACGAGAAGUCCGACAUCGCACUCCUCAAGAUCGACUCACCGGUAAGAGGGGACACCAGAGGUCACAGACAUAGCUCAUCAGUUCAAAAUCUAGUUCAAAUGACUUUAUUCGAACAACUUAACCCAUCAAUAACUGACAAAGGAGACAAACGGACACAUAGGGAAGAAGUUUACACUUAGAAACAGUUGCAAUAUUGUGGUAGAUCGCUUGUGUUGUGUGCUACCCACUCCAUCACAAAGACCAAUUUUCAAGUUUUAUUACCACGUGCACAAGUACAGUGAAAUGUAUUUCUUGAAAGUUCUUUCACAACAAUGCAGUAAUCAAUAUCAGUAGUACUAUUAAAGAAAGUAAUGUAGGACAAAAACACAUAAUAAAUCAAAUAAGAUAAAUAGAAAUAAGAACACGAGAAAGUAAGGAAGCUGUAUACAGGGCCAGUUCCAGGGUCAGUGCCAAUACCAUAUUUACAAUGUGCAGGUAUACUGGAGUGGUAGGGGUAGAUAUAGUGUUAAGGUGGCUAGGCAUCAGGAUAUAUGAUAAACAGUUGCAGCAGAGUAAAUUAUGAUCGUAUGUGAGUGUGUGUGUUUGUGUAGAGUCAGUAUGAAUGUGUGUGCAUGUUAUGUGUGUGAGCAAAUUAAGUGUGUGAGUGUGUGAGUGUGUGAGUGUGUGUGUGUGUGUGUGUGUGUGUGUGUGUGUGUGUGUGUGUGUGUGUGUGUGUGUGUGUGUGUGUGUGUGUGUGUGUGUGUGUGUGUGUGUGUGUGUGUGUGUGUGUGUGUGUGUGUGUGUGUGUGUGUGUGUGUGUGUGUGUGUGAGGGAGGGAGGUGUUCAGUCCCAGGGUCCCAAGCUUGGUGACGAGCUUGGAGGGGACUAUGGUGUUGAACGCUGAGCUGUAGUCAAUGAACAGCGUUCUCACAUAGCCUCUUAUCUAGGUGGGUGAGGGCAGUGUGUAAUACCAUUGAGAUUGCGUCGUCUAUGGAUCUGUUGGGGCAGUAUGCAAAUUGGAGUGGGUCUAGGGUGUCUGGGAUGAUGGAAUUAAUGUGUGCCAUAACCAGCCUUUCAAAGCACUUCAUGAUUACAGAUGUGAGUGCUACAGGUCGGUAGUCAUUGUGCCAGGUAGUCUUAGAGUUCUUGGGAACAGGAAUGAUGGGGUCAGCUUGAGACGUGGGGAUUACAGACUGGGAAAAGGUUGAAAAUGACCGUGAAUAUGCCUGCCAGCUGUUCUGUGCAUGCUCUGAGAAUGCGCCCUGGAAUACCAUCCGGCCCCAUGGCCUUGCAAGUGUUGACCUGAUUAAAAACCUUACAUCGGACUAGGAAAGCGAGAUCACCCAGGCCUCUGGGUCGGCGGGGGCCCUCAUUCACGACUCUGUGUUGUUUUCCGUUGGGCAGAUUACAGCUGGGUUUUCCUUUGUAAUCCGUAAUGGACUGUAGCCACUACCACAUGCUGCAGGUGGCGGAGCCUGUAUAAUAGGAUUCCACUUUCCUAUAUUGUCCUUUUGCUUGUUUGAUGGUGUGAUGAGUGUGAUGGAAGGAGUCAGGCGCAGGAGGAUAAUCACAGAAUACAGAGUUUAUUCCGUCUUUACACAGAAUGCGCUGGAUAGCGACAAACGAAACAGGCACAGGGGAAACUAUCUACCCUGGCAAUACACUGUAAUGGUAGCUCCAACAAUAAAUAGGCACAGGGGAAAAUAUCUACCCCGGCAACAAAUAGGUAUGACGAAUGCCGAAGCUUGCCCGAACAAGGAGGGGAGGCAGCCUCGGCGGAAGUCGUGACAGAUGGCUCUGCGGAGGUCGUAGCAGGACUUGUUGUACUUAGCUGUGUCUUCAGCCAUAGCCUCGGGGUUGGCUGUGAUAGCCCUGUGUGUGGUAGCCCUGUCCUUUAGUUUAGCACCAACCUCAGUGUUAAUCCAGGGCUUUUGAUUGUGGAAGCAGCGAACCUUCACUGUGGGACAACAUCGGUGAUGCAUUUCCUGAUGAAGCCAGUGACGGAGGUGGUUAGCUCGUCAAUGCUAUCAGCCCUAGCAAAGGAGUCCUGUAGCAUAGCCUCCGAUUCGGAGGACCAUUUCCCUAUGGAACAUGUCACGGGUACUUCCUGUUUGAGCUUCUGCUUGUAGAGAGGAAGCAGGAGUAUAGAGUCAUGAUCUGAUUUGAUGAAAGGUGGGACAAGGGAGGGCCUUGUAUGCGUGCUUGUGGGCAGAGUAACAGUGGUCUAGGACUUUAUCGCCCCAAGUGGUGAAGGAGACGUGUUGAGGGAAGUUGGGCAUCACGUGUCUUAAUAACGCGGAAUUAAAAUCAACGGCAACCAGAAAAACAGCCUCCGGGUGCAGUUCCAGCUCGUAGUUUUUCUUGUCCUGAGGUGGAAUAUAUACAGCAGUCACGAUAACAGCUGACAAAUCUCUCGGGAGGUAGAAGGGUCAGCAUUUGAACAUUAGGUAUUCCAAGACGGAUGAACAACAGGUCAAAACUUCAGCAAACCAUUUGCUGUUGAUGAAGAGUCAUACACCUCCCCCUCUCGAUCUCCCUGAAUUCAUUGUCCUGUCCGCUCGGUGAAUGGAGAAUCCAUUGAGUUGGAUAGCCAUGGGGGGCAUUUUGUCUGAAUGCCAUGUUUCAGAAAAGCAGAGAAUAUUGCAGUUACGAGAGUCCCAUUGAUAGCAAAUUCGCAAUCGGAGGUCAUCCAUCUUAUUAUCAAGUGAUUGGCCAAUAGAAUGGAGGGAAGAGGUGGCCGGUUUUCCCUUUGCCUUAAUCUCGCCUGGACUCCCCCUCUCCUGCCUAUUUUUUGCUGGCGUUUUCUCUUGGGUAGCCCGGAAUUAAAGAAAGAGCCCAUGGCAGAUGAGUCGAAGUUGAAGCCGGAAUUGAGGUUAGUAACUGCCAAUCUUCACAAUAUUCCUUAAAAUUGAAAUUUUAUGGAAUAUUAUAAGUGGCACAAAUAAGAGGGUUUGAGGAGUGUGGCCCAUGCUUCAGUGCUAUUUAAUCCCUGCCUAUGAGCGUGAGUGGGAAUGACAUUGAGUUUCAACUCCCCGGAGGCAGAUUGGAUUUUAAGUACAGCCUUCCAGGCCAACAGCAGCCAUCUUGGUGCAGUACUUUCCUAUAUCUUACAACUGCAAAUCUAGACAACAUUAGCAAAGUGAGCAACAAUUUAACAACAUCAAUUACUUAAUAUUAUUCCCUAUUAAACAUCAGCGGAGUCGGAAUUACAAGAUGGUUAUUGGUAGAAAGGUGUUGUUCAGCUUGAUAACACAGCUGAUUGUUUGAGAGGUGCCAACCCGUGCAACCAAAUGGUCCUUGUUAACGCUGGCAUUAUACACAUAGUUAAUGUUGGCAUUCAGAUAAAAAUACUUCAGAAACAACAGUCAUUAGGAAACGAUUCUCUGAAAUAAACUUGGAAUACAUUCUGCAAAGACUCAUUACCAGCAGAGGAAACCCAUUUCAUGCUCCAAUGAGCAAAUAGUUUUGAUAGCAAAAGAUUAAAUGGCAUGGAGGUAGGCCAUGUAAGGUUUUUGCCGUGGGAGCGUACAGUAACAUAGAGAGAUUGUUGCUUUGUGGACUAGCGGGAUACACAUCACACAUUAAUCAUAUUCGACAGCCAUAUGAAGGAAUGCCUGGCACCCAUUCAAAGCCACAGGCUAGGAGUAACUGCACCGCAGAAUGCCUCGCAGAGCAUUCCCUCGCGUCAAUGCACAGCUGAAAAGACACUCACGACAAGGACUGCAUCGGCCCAAAAUGCCAAGACAAGCACAAGGUUAUGUUUUCUUUUAUGCGGCCUACAGUGUUUCCCCAUACUGACUGACCCUGGAAGACCACUGUGCUAUACACUCUGGUCUACAUUUAAGGCACAUACUAGACAACUGGAAGGUGAUAUCAGACCCAAAGCAGUGAUCCAUGAACAUCUGAAGAAAAGAUUAUGGAUGGAAAAUACUUUAUUACUUCUCAAAAACUAGUUUCAAGACACUGAAAAGUCUAAUGAUUUGUGCCAUGGUGGUAAAGACUACCAUCCAACUACUGGUUGACCAUGACAGCCCAGUACCUGACUGUGGAUUGAACAUAUACCCCGUGCCCCACUCUGGCUACAUAGCUAAGACAGCUGUUGAAAUCUUUGCCCCAGUUUUCUCUUCUGUGUGAGAAAGUGUCUACCCAGUCUGUCCAGUAGGCACAGUCCCAGUUCCAUGACUAACAACCACAGUGGGACAGGACAGAGGCUACAGGCUAGGGGGAGAGGGGAGGGGGUCUGACUCAUGACAUCCCAGCUAAUGAGACAGUGGGUACGGGUAGGGAAAGGUGGAUGUGAGGGAAAGAGUCAGUGAGAGAGAAAUUAGAGGAUGAGAGAGGGAGGGAGAUAAUUAGAGGCCAAAAUAAAGGAAAAGUUUGAAUUUCCUAAUUUGAAUGAAAAAUACAGUCAGUUGUCACAGCUCUGUCCUCAGGGCUUCGGGUCUGUACUCUUUUAAGUAUUUAUUUAUUUCCCUCUUUUCCCCGCUCUCCCUCCUUCUGUCCCUCUCUUGCCUCAAGGAGGAGUCAUUAUGAGUAUGGGUCACUUUUGUCAAACUUUGUAUUUCACAUAAGCACACUGAGAGAGAAUCGAUCACACAUGUUUAUGACUGUGAGCUUUGAAAGUUGACUCUUUGAAUGUAGAAUACCCUCUCUUCCCCCUCAGUUUACUGACGGCUGGGUCAGUCCGUUCCUGGGCUGCGAUGUGGUGUACCCACGUCUCUGGGGAAGACAUUACACAUCUGCAGUUACAUUAGUCUGUCUGCAGCAUUUGUGACUUCAGAGGACGGGAAGGAGAAAGGGAAAAAGUGCUAAACUUGUUUCUGACAGAGAGAGAAUGGGAUGGAGAGGCAGGGAAAAACAGAGGGGAUGAGGUCAAGGCCUGGAAAAUGGAUCCAUAUGUCUGCAAAGCUAAGGGAUCUAAUAGGCUAAUGAGAUGGCUGUGUGAUGUGGUGCUGGGAAGAUAAAAAUAGAAGUCAUCAUGCGUGGGAAAGAGCAGUUUGUUAACCAUUUCCACUCACUCGCUCACUGCCUCAACUGUCUGUGGUGCAAAGUAGCGCACUGACGGUGUCCUCAAUUUUGAAUAUUUGAGAUGAUUUUGUUUAUGGAAGUCAUGUCAACAGACUGAUGGCAGUUAAACAUACCCAACCAAAAGAGGACACCACAUCCUCAUCAAUAAAUACAUUGAGUAUAUGUGUCUCAGUACCCAACCACAAUAUUAGUCUGUAUGCUACCCAUGUCGUCCACCUCCUAAAAGGGGGUAGGAUGACUGGUGCUGGCUAGACCGACCAAGGCUCUUAUUGGUCCCCGUUCAGGAGACAUCCAGGACAUGCUCUUUUUCUCAGUGGAAAGAGUGGUGUCCUUCAGAAAGAAGCAGAGGGAAAAUUAAUCACAUCCUUGUCUCAUCCUCCAUUUCACUUGCUCUCCCACAAUCGCUCCCAUCCUUGUGGAUGCAGCGUGUCGGGACAAGGGCCAAGGGAAGCAGACUGGCCUUGCUCUUCUAUUCGAUGCUACAGACUUAGCCUAGUUUGUAGGUGGUUGUUUCCCAGGUCAGCGAUGCAGGGGAAGAGAGACCCAAACAUCCCAACCGCAUCUUGUCAGAUCUGCAUGGCCCACAGAUUAAAGGCGUGUGGUGUCUAGCUGCCCGUUGGUGAGAUGCCAUCCAGUCUUCCAGGGUGUCUGUAAAUCAUGCUGGAAACACAGAGGGAGCUUUCGACCAUGUGUUUGCUGUUGUGUUGGCUGUGACAUUCACAACAACAUGUGUGCACCAUAUUGGUUUCCGUCCAAUAUCAGUAAAGUUUAGGUUACCCAGUAUGGUUGAAAGGUGUUUAUAUUAACUAGCCUAUGCUAUUAAAUAUUGUCAAUAUGGUUAGCAAUCAGUGAGGGAAGGGACAUUUAUUUUCUUUAUAAGGCAUAUACUUUUCCCAGCUCCUGUGGGCUGUUAUGUUGAUCUCUCUCUCUCUCUCUCUCUCUCUCUCUCUCUCUCUCUCUCUCUCUCUCUCUCUCUCUCUCUCUCUCUCUCUCUCUCUCUCUCUCUCUCUCUCUCUCUCUCUCACACACUAACACACACACACACACACACACACACACACACACAGAACAAGUUUCUGCCACCCCUCAGCCACUGCUGAUCCCCAGAGCUGAUGGUUCAACAGGUAUGAACAUGUUGGAUCAAGCUCCUCUUUAUCCACUGUGGCACAACCCUUGGGACAAAAUGUAAUGUAGCCAUAGUAGGGUUCACCCAUGCACAGUCACACCACUUGCUAGUGGCCCCAUGAAAUGUAUGAUCUUUGCAUGGUAGCACAGGACUAAGAAGUUAACAUAAUACCUAUAGAUGUGCUGUUUUAUGUUGACCCUGCUUCUUACAGCAGGAAAAUAAUCCUGCAGCAACAGGAAAUGUGAAUUAUUAUGUGGAUUAUAAUACAUUUUAAGGGGUUGAUACAUUUUUUGAUACAUUCUUUGUUUCAGCAAAUCAAGUCUGACAUUUUUAAGCGGAAAUGACAAACUGUAGAAAAAAAAAUUAUACCUUGAAUACACUACAAUUUGCAUGCUGCCUUGAAGUCCCCCAUAGGAAAAGCACAGUAGUUACCACAGUAAAGACUCUAGAAGUUGUCAUAGGUUUAAUCACCAAACAGUGUGUUUCACUGGCAUGCAUGUGCACGGAUGCCAGCUGUUUACAGUUGUCUUUUUGUUGGGGUUCAUGUAAAAUGAACCCUUUUUCUCAGGUUUGCAUACGCCUUCGAAACUAUUAGCGACAGUCCAUCACACCGUGAGGCUUGACAAAAAACUGGUUUGCACCUGCGAUCAAGUCAUAAAAGUCAAUCUAAUGGGUUUUUAAGUGAUUCCAAACUGCCAAAGCUGUAAUAUGAAACAAAGACUUGUCUAUGGCAACAAAGGAGGCAUUUUCCUUGUUGGUCCUUCCACCAUCUGCCAUGGCAGACAUUCUAGAUGUACAGCUCAAUUUUGGUUGAGAUGAUAGGAUAAAGCCUGAAUGUCUGGAAUGCUUACCACCACUUCUAUGUGCCUCUGACAUGCAACUGUUUUUCUGGAUGGCUGAUAGUAAAUACUGGUGCUUUCUGUUGAAGUUUAUCUGUCACUAUCUCAGCCUCUAUUGAAAUGAUAUUGUGUCAUUGUCAGUUAUCUUCUGUAUGAGCCAGUGGAGAGCUUGGAAAAUAGCUAUUUCUUAUUAAUAGAAAGGUUGAAAUUUCAACUGAAAGUUUGAACUUAAGAUCUAGUAGAGCAUUUAACUGAAAGCAUCUCACAUGAUGUUAGGGAUGGCCAAUGCAGGAGAGUGUUGCCUCUUCUUCUCCCUCUAACCACCUCUCCUUAAUGAGGUCAAUGUCAUGGGAUGACAGGGUUCGAUACUGUGACCAAAACAGUCGCUUUUGCAAAUGUUUGACUUGGCAGUGUGACACACAUGUUUAAUUGGUCGCAAGGGUGCCAGUGAAACAAAUGUACCUGGUCACGUACAUUUUUGGUUCACAGUUAUCAUCAUGAUUUAUUGAAACAGUAAUGUGCAAUUGACCAAAAAUAAAUAAGAGGCAACAAUGGCAUGGGAAUGCCCCUAUCGCUGUGUGUCAGGGCUCGACAUGCAGGGGAGGUUUUGGAAACCCUCCAUACCAGUCGAUCAUCCCUGUCAGUGGCCCGAUUGGGCAAGUGAAAAAAUUAGGCCAUUAUAAUAAUCCCCCCCCCCACCGCACUAAGAACAGCGUCAAUUCAUCGGGGCAUGGACUCUACAAGGUGUCGAAAGCGUUCCACACGGAUGCUGGCCCAUGUUGACGCCAAUGCUUCCCACAGCUGUGUCAAGUUGGCUGGAUGUCCUUUGGGUGUUGGACCAUUCUUGAUACACACAGGAAACUGUUGAGCGUGAAAAACCCAGCAGCGUUACAGUUCUUGACACAAACCGGUGCGCCUGGCACCUACUACCAUACCCUUUCAAAGGCACAUAAAUAUUUUGUCUUGCCCAUUCACCCUCUGAAUAGCACACAUACACAAUCCACGUCUCAAUUGUCUCAAGCCUUAAGAAUCCCUCUUUAACCUCUCUCCUCCCCUUCAUCUACACUGAUUGAAGUGGAUUUAACAGGUGACAUCAAUAAGGGAUCAUAGCGUUCACCUGGAUUCAACUGGUCAGUCUAUGUCAUGGAAAGAGCAGGUGUCCUUAAACUUUUGUGCACUCAGUGUAUUUUAGAAUCAAAAAAUAUUGUGCAUGUCAAUGCUUAAUGCCAUUGGGUAGGCUUAUAAAAAAAAUCAUUAUUCUUAAAGUGUUAAUAUGUUUUUACAUACAUUUUUGUUUUGGGGGGUGUUCUGUAGGCUUUUUUUGUACAGUACCAGUCAAAAGUUUGGAUACACCUACUCAUUCAAGGGUUUUAUCUUUAUUUUUACUAUUUUCUACAUGGUAGAAUAAUAGUGAAGACAUCAAAACUAUGUCAUUUACAAAAUAGCCUCCAACACUCUACUCAGCAAAUUGGAUAUAGUCUAUCACAGUGCCAUCCGUUUUGUCACAAAAGCCCCAUAUACUACCCACCACUGUGACCUGUACGCUCUUGUUGGCUGGUCCUCACUACAUAUUCGUCGCCAAACCCACUGGCUCCAGGCCAUCUAUAAAUCACUGCUAGGCAAAUCCCCGCCUUAUCUUAGCUCAUUAGUCACCAUAGCAACACCCACCCGUAGUAUGCGCUCCAGCAGGUAUAUCUCACUGGUCAUCCCCAAAGCCAACACCUCCUUUGGCCGCCAUUCCUUCCAGUUCUCUGCUGCCAAUGACUGGAACAAACUGCAAAAAUCUCUGAAGCUGGAGACACUUAUCUCCCUCACUAACUUUAAGCAUCAGUUGUCAGAGUACCUUACCGAUCACUGCACCUGUACACAGCCCAUCUGAAAUUAGCCCACCCAACUACCUCAUCCCCAUAUUGUUAUUUAUUUUGCUAAUUUGCACAUCAUCUCUUGCACAUCUAUCAUUCCAGUGUUAAUACUAAUUGUCAUUAUUUUGCACUAUGGCCUAUUUAUUGCCUUACCUCCAUAACUUGCUACAUUUGCACACACUGUAUAUAUAUUUUCUGUUGUAUUUUUGACUUUAUGUUUUGUUUUACCCCAUAUGUAACUCUGUGUUGUUGUUUUUAUCGCACUGCUUUGCUUUAUCUUGGCCAGGUCGCAGUUGUAAAUGAGAACUUGUUCUCAACUGGCUUACCUGGUUAAAUAAAGGUGAAAUAAAUAAAUGAAAUAAAUAAAUUAUAAUAAAAAAUUAAAUAACAGAUGGAAUCAUGUAGUAACCAAAAAAGUGUUAAACAAAUCAAAAUGUAUUUUAUAUUUGAGAAUCUUCAAAAUAGCCACCCUUUCCCUUUAUGACAGCUUUGCACACUCUUGGCAUUCUCUCAACCAGCUUCACCUGGGAUGCUUUUCCAACAGUCUUGAAGGAGUUCCCACAUAUGCUGAGCACUUGUUGGCUGCUGUUCCUUCACUCUGCCGUCCGACUCAUCCCAAACCAUCUCAAUUGGGUUGAGGUCAGGGGAUUGUGGAGGCCAGGUCAUCUGCUGCAGCACUCCAUCACUCUCCUUCUUGGUAAAAUAGCCCGUAUACAGCCUGGAGGUGUGUUGGGUCAUUGUCCUGUUGAAAAACAAAUGAUAGUCCCACUAAGCCCAAACCAGAUGGGAUGGUGUAUCGCUGCAGAAUGCUGUGGUAGCCAUGCUGGUUAAGUGUGCCUUGAAUUCUAAAUAAAUCACAGACAGUGUCACCAGCAAAGCACCCCCACACCAUAACACCUCCUCCUCCAUGCUUUACGGUGGGAACUACACAUGCGGAGAUCAUCCGUUCACCCACACCACGUAUCACAAAGACACGCCGGUUGGAACCAAAAAUCUCAAAUUUGGACACCAGAUCAAAGGACACAUUUCCACGGGUCUAAUGUCAAUUGCUCAUGUUUCUUGGCCCAAGCAAGUCUCCUCUUCUUAUUGGUGUCCUUUAGUAGUGGUUUCUUUGCAGCAAUUCGACCAUGAAGGCCUGAUUCACACAGUCUCCUCUGAACAGUUGAUGUUGAGAUGUGUUUGUUACUUGAACUCUGUGAAGCAUUUAUUUGGGCUGCAAUUUCUGAGGCUGGUAACUCUAAUGAACUUAUCCUCUGCAGCAGAGGUAACUCUGGGUCUUCCAUUCCUGUAGCCGUCCUCAUGAGAGCCAGUUUCAUCAUAGCUCUUGAUGGUUUUUGCGACUGCACUUGAAGAAACUUUAAAUGUUAUAAUCUUAAAGUAAGAAGGCACACCUGUUAAUUGAAAUGCAUUCCAGGUGACUACCUCAUGAAGCUGGUUGAGAGAAUGCCAAGAGUGUGCAAAGCUGUCAUCAAGGCAAAGGGUGGCUAUUUGAUUCUACAUGAUUCCAUAUGUGUUAUUUCAUAGUUUUGAUGUCUUCACUAAUAUUCUACAAUGUAUAAAAAAAUAGUUUAAAAAAUGGACUGGUAGUGUAUGAAAGAUCAAAUCACCUGCUAUUCAAAUGAUGCACGCAUCAUUCGUUUUCCUGUCAAGUCUUGACCUGGGCCAGUAUUUUUGCUCCUUCGGGCCAAUAGCUUUCCGUUGCAGGGCACUGGCCCUGUGUAGGCCUACUACUGGCAAAUGUAACUGAAUGUUGAGCCCUGCUGUGUGCGGUGCGCAUAGCUGUGGGGCCUAUAUGUCUACCACUGUGUGUAGCCAUUAGCAAUGCUAAUGAUAGCCUAACUGUUUUUGGAUUAGAUGGAAAGGCAAUUAAAAGGUAACUACAAAGUAGCCUAUGCCUAACUGGCAGAAUCAUGAUUAUUUGCAUCAAUCCAGUGGCCAUUUGUUUUGAAAACUCCAUCACAAGUACACUACAAAAACACUGCUAGCCAAACACAACUGUCUGGCUGGUGUGCGCCUGAAUUAAAGGGUAACUACACAAAAAAAUUCUACAUUUCUCACAUUAUAUCCAGACCUCCAAAAAUGGUUCCCUGAUUUGGUUUAAGCAUUGUUGUUGACAUAGAACAUCCAAUUUGGUUGUUUUUCUAUAAAAAAGUGUGCUUUUGAGAGCAAAACAUGUGGGAAAUUACAGUCCUUCUCCCCGCUUUCUUAUUUGUUUGCCGUGGCAUCGUUUUGGUAUCAAGUAUAAUUUUUUUAUAAUUUGCCCUCUAGAAGGUUUCAUAGAACAUUUUGCACAGUCUCUUUUCUUUGCUGUUACAGUAAAUCUACCCAAAUCAAAGAACACAAGGGCAUGCUAAUUUAAAAGAUGGCUAGUCAUUACUAGCCUGGUUCUGUAUGGAAUGCAAGUACAUUAUGGGACACAGGCCAGGUCAAUUAUAAUUUUAUAAAUAAAAGAUAGUGUGACCAAAUCAUGUGCUGGUACCACCAACUGAAACAGUUUGGCGCACCAGUGCCACCAGUGGAAAAAGUUAGUGUAGAACCCUGGAUGAGUGUUAAUGCAUUAAGGCCAGCCCAUGGUCCAAAAUAACCUGGUGAGUCAGUUAUGGUCAAGAGAAAGAAAUACAUAUAUUCCACACGGAAUCCACAAGGACAAAAAGUCGCUGAGUACAAGUAGUUAGUAGGUGAUAGCUAGACAGUCCUCACACAUGAAUAGUCAUGCCAUUUGAUGUUUGCUUUAUUCCUAUUCACACCUAGACACUCCCACCCUCAAGGGCUCAUAUCAGCUAGCCUAGGCAUUCACAGUGUAUGAGUUAAUGUGCAUGACCGUACCACCCACAAGACAGUGGCAGCAUUGUGUGUAAGUAGAUGGAUAUGUGCAGGUGUGUGUCAAGUUGUGUUUUUCAUUAUUCACUUGGCUGAGAAAUUUCAAUAAGCGACAGGUCGACUUUAUAAUGAUCACGCUGUUAUUACCAGUAUCACCACAGCAAGCGGUUGGUAGACAACCAUUCCUGACCGUCUCAGUGUUAGUGAUUCAGAUCGGGCUGACUUCUCUCACUUCCUCCCUCCAUCUGCUUAUCCCCUUAACUCAGUGGGGUCAAGGUACGGGGUGGUGUGUGUGUGUGAGGGUGGGGAGUCACAGACUGGAUAGCAGUUCACAGACUGCUAUUCCGGUGUCAAGUCUGGAUGAAGGAAAUUAGAGGGAGGGGUGGGGGGGUUACUCACUCUCAUCUUCUAACUGUCAUCUUCUAUUAAUACCUAGGCUACACCUCAGGGGUCAAGUUCGCACUGAGUUCCCGCAACCCAAAAAGCUAAAAUGGCGUCUUAUAAUUGACAUCCAUUUUAGAUGGAUUUGUACUAUACUGUAUUUAGACCUAUUCAGCUAUUGUUGGCAACGGUCAGCAGUCAAAAGUGGCCCUUAUGUUGUGCCGUCACUCCUCAGAGAUGACAAUCAACAUGUAAUAACCUAGUGUGUACACUAUAUUGAAAAGGAAAAUGUAAUGUUAUCAUAUUUCAUGAUGGCACUACACUAUGAAUAUCCCUGGGUAGUUGAUUACAGGACGUGUUUCUGUGUUUGGAUACAGAGACUUUUGUCUGUGUGUAUCUUUGGCUUGUUGGCCAGUCAGUUUCAGUUACCUUAGCUUCCACACUGUGACUCUAUUUAUAACCCAGGGUAAACAAAAUGGAUACAGGGGAACAACCGGGAAAGGUCUCUCAAGAUUGUGCUGUUGUCAGGGAGUUUGUUGGGUGGUGUGUUGGGCACCACAGACUCAACGUGAUGUGGCGACGCGUGGGCUAUGCCCAUACACUCAUUGACUAUGACUGGACAGAACUAAGAUGAUUUCAUGCAGACAGGGAAACUGUGGAUGGAUAAAUAUACCCUCUGUCUGUCUGCCUGUCUAGGCACUGUCUCUGGGUCAUGGUUGCCUUGCCAUGGAGUCUCAGUUGUUCAUAAAUUUAAGUUGAACAUAAAUGGAUUUGUACUGUUUCAUGAGGUACUGGCCAGUGGCCACUAAUAAAAUUGAUGCACUGUGAUAGGAGAAAACUGAGGAUGGAUCAACCACAUUGUAGUUACUCCACAAUACUAACCUAAUUGAUAGAAUGAAAAUAAGGACGCCAGUACAGAAUAAAAAUAUUCCAAAGCAUGCGUCCUGUUUCCAACAAGGCACUAAAGUAAUACUGCAAAAAAUUUGGCAAAGCAAUUCACUUUUUGUCCUGAAUACAAAGUGUUAUGUUUGGGGCAAAUCCAAUACAACACAUUACUGAGUACCACUCUAUAUUUUCAAGCAUAGUGGUGGCUGCAUCAUGUUAUGGGUAUGCUUGUAAUUAUUAAAGACUGGGGAGUUUUUCAGGAUAAAAAAGAAACGGAAUGGAGUUAAGCUCAGGCAAAAUCCUAGAGGAAAACCACCAGACCAUGGGAGAUGAAUUCACCUUUCAGCAGGACAAUAACAUAAAACACAAGGCCAAAUCUACACUGGAGUUGCUUCCCAAGAAGACAGUGAAUGUUCCUGAGUGGCCGAGUUACAAGUUUGACUUGGUUUGACUUGGAUAUAUGGUGGUGUGAUAGUGUUAUAUGAUGUACUGUUUUAUAUUUUGUUUUAUGUGUAAUGUAAGUGCCUUAACGUGUUUGGACCCCAGGAAGUGUAGCUGCUCCCUUGGCAGCAGUUAAUGGGGAUCCCUAAUAAAUACAAAUACAAAUACUUAAAUCUGCUUGAAAAUCUAUGGCAGGAACUGAAAAUGGUUGUAUAGCAAUGACCAACAACCAAUUUGACAGAGCUUGAAUCAUUUUUUAAAGAAUAAUGGCCAAAUGUUGCACAAUCCAGACGUGGAAAGCUCUUAGAGACUUACCCAGAAAGACUCACAGCUGUAAUCGCUGCCAAAGGUGAUUCUAACAUGUAUUGACUCAGGGGGUUGAAUACUUAUCUAAUCAAGAUAUAUUAGUGUUUCUUUUAUUUGUUAUUUUACAAAUGUUCUAAUGUGUCUUCCACUUUGACAUCACAGCGUAUUUUGUGUAGAUCGUUGACAAAACAUGACAAUUAAAUCAAUUUUAAUCCCACAAAAUGUAGAAAAAGUCAAGGGUUGUGAAUACUUUCUGAAGGCACUGUAUGUAUGUGGGGCAGGAUAGUCUUAAGGCCCACAGUUUCUAGUGCUGCUGCUUAAAUAUAACUCAAUGUUACUGAGGGAUGUGUACCACUUAAAUAUCUCCCCCCUAACCUGUACCCCCUACAGAUCAAGCUUCCUGUGCUGAUGUUGGGGCGUUCGUCCGACCUGAGGCCUGGGGAGUUUGUUGUGGCCAUCGGAAGCCCCUUCUCCCUCCAGAACACAGUUACUACAGGGAUAGUCAGCACAACCCAACGAGGGGGCAAGGAGCUGGGCCUACGCAACUCUGAAAUGGAAUACAUUCAGACAGAUGCUAUUAUCAACGUGAGUCUGUGAACACAUGCACGCACAUACACACACAUCACAAAGGAUUGUGAACUGAGAACUGAAGUGAUGUCCUUUUCUGUUUACAGUAUGGUAAUUCAGGAGGCCCUCUGGUGAAUCUGGUGAGAAUACUGUUGCUUAUUGACAGCUAUACAGUGGUUCUACAUGUCUAAUAGACAGCAGACUAUGUGUCUGAAUGAUGGCACAUUAUAGUUGGAGACUGUAUGCAAAUGUGUGAUGGUGUGUAGGAGUGGUACAGUGUUAUUAGUGUGUCACUUUGUUUCAUUAUGAGUGAUUUUGGUCAGUCUGGUUGUCAGACACUACAUUAAUGACUUUAUUAUUGAUUGUGUUAUUGAAGGAUGGUGAGGUGAUUGGGAUCAACACUCUGAAAGUGACGGCUGGUAUCUCAUUCGCCAUCCCCUCCGACAAGAUCCGAGAGUUCUUGACUGAAUCCUACGACAGACAGUCCCGAGGUAGGACGUUAAAUCCCUAUGGUCAUCCUGUGUGUAGCAUCUAAAUAUCUCCCGCUAGUGUAAGGUCCUGUCUACACUCUUAUCCACAUGUUUUGAGGAUAACCAUAAACACUUACAGACAUUUUGAUUCAAACCUCUUUAUAGCUAAUCUUAACCUAUGGCCAAGCUUCAGAAUUACUUAAAUAUUCUCCAAGUCAAAAGGUAUACCCCGUUUCAAACCUGAUGUUUUUCUUCUUAUUGUGUUUCCUUAGGAAGAGCUGGGGCAAAGAAGAGAUACAUUGGUGUGAGGAUGAUGACACUCACCCCAGCGUAAGUAGAUCCUUAGUGACUGGUUAUACUUGUAAGGAAAAGGAUAAAGAUGGGACUUUUCUUCUCUAGAAGGACUGUCAACUCCCGAUAAAUGCAAUUAAAGACUUGAGACUGUGAAUGCGUGCACUAAACUGGAAAAAGCAGUUAUUCAAAGCUGUCAAAAAGAAUGUAUUUGAACUGGGCCUGGUGAACUGCAUUUCAGUUGGAUACGGAAAACGGAGCACUUCUUCUUAAAACGGAGCACUUUUCUUCCCCGUCACUGUAGGUUAACCAAGGAGCUGAAGGUGCGACACAAAGACUUCCCUGAUGUCACCUCUGGAGCGUACGUCAUGGAGGUGAUAUCUAAAACGCCGGCCGCGGUGUAAGUAUCAAUCAAUCAAUCAAUUUUAUUUUAUAUAGCCCUUCUUACAUCAGCUAAUAUCUCGAAGUGCUGUACAGAAACCCAGCCUAAAACCCCAAACAGCUAAUAAUGCAGGUGUAGAAGCACGGUGGCUAGGAAAAACUCCCUAGAAAGGCAAAACCUAGGAAGAAACCUAGAGAGGAACCAGGCUAUGAGGGGUGGCCAGUCCUCUUCUGGCUGUGCCGGGUGGAGAUUAUAACAGAACCAUGCCAAGAUGUUCAAAAAUGUUCAUAAGUGACAAGCAUGGUCAAAUAAUAAUCAGGAAUAAAUCUCAGUUGGCUUUUCAUAGCCGAUCAUUAAGAGUUUAAAACAGCAGGUCUGGGACAGGUAGGGGUUCCAUAACCGCAGGCAGAACAGUUUAAACUGGAAUAGCAGCAAGGCCAGGCGGACUGGGGACAGCAAGGAGUCACCACGGCCGGUAGUCCCGACGUAUGGUCCUAGGGCUCAGGUCUCUCAGUUGGCUUUUCAUAGCCGAUCAUUAAGAGUUGAAAACAGCAGGUCUGGGACAGGUAGGGGUUUCGUAGCCGCAGGCAGAACAGUUGAAACUGGAAUAGCAGCAAGGCCAGGCGGACUGGGGACAGCAAGGUGUCAUCAUGCCCGGUAGUCCUGACGUAUGGUCCUAGGGCUCAGGUUCUCAGAGAGAAAGAGAGAAAGUAGAAAACUAACAGGGAAAGUAGAAAUGCACUCCAUCUCACCAGCAGUCGUGGUUUCUUAUAAGUGUGAGGACAAGUUGUCUGAAUUGUUCUGUGCUAAGGGAUAUUGUCUUUGGCUCCUUCCACUGACUGUACACAUGUUUCAAAUGUAUAUAGACCCUCAACGCCCAACUUUCCUAACACAAAUUCACUCACAUUCACACACACACUCGCUCUCCAGUUUUCACGUGCACAUAUGCAAACGCACGCACGCAUACACACACACACGCACACACAAACCCCUUAGUAAAACAUUGCUGAGACUCGCUUUAAAAUUCUUGUUCACCCACUCAAGACCACAGUUCUACCAGAGAGGGGUUGGGGUUGGGGAGACACUGAGGUCAGCCAUUCCCCUCCUCCCUCAAGCAGCAAGGGGUAUGCUGUGGUUUUCCUGGGCCCACUCACCCAACCCUAGUACUCUCUGUGUGUCUCAUUAGAGGUAUAAGUGUUAGUCGUGUUUUCCUGAGUAGUAUGAGGGGAAUGUGGAAGUGUGGCUGUAUUAUAGGUGGUGGUUGUGGCCCCUGUUCACAUGUGAGUGUGAUUAGAGAGUAGUUGUGUGAAAAGUGGAGGCCUUGAUAUCACUUCUGGUAACCGCUCCGGUCUGUGUAAUUUCGUUUUACUAGAUUUCUAUUCUGGGUGUGUUCGGUCUAUGGGAGUGUGUUGCACAAAGCACUCUCCACCUGACUUACUGUCAUUAUUGUGGUCUUGAUGAAGGAUAAGUGAAAGGAGACAAUUUGUUUUCAUUUCAGUUCAUUGUAGCACUACAAAGUAAGGCAUCAUAGAAUGUGUGAAAGGCAUUUACCUUCUAACAAGAAAUGUAAAUGCAACAAGGCCAAUGGAAUCCAUUCUUAGCUGAUUGUCAGUGAAAUAAAGACCAAUAUUGAGUCUAUACCUUACAACCUGUAAUUUAAAUGGAUUUUUAUUUGGAUUUCAUGUAAUGGACAUACACAAAAUAGUCCAAAUUGGUGGUGAAAUGAAAAAAAUUACUUGUUUCAAAACUUUGAACAUCCCACGGAGCACCAUUAAAUCCAUUAUAAAAAAAUUGAAAGAAUAUGGCACCACAACAAACCUGCCAAGAUAGGGCCGCCCUACAAAACACAUGGACCAGGCAAGGAGAGCAUUAAUCAGAGAGGCAACAAAGAGACCAAAGAUAACCCUGAAGGAGCUGCAAAGCUCCACAGCGGAGAUUGGAGUAUCUGUCCAUAGGACCACUUUAAGCCGUACACUCCACAGAGCUGGACUUUACGGAAGAGUGGCCAGAAAAAAGCCAUUGCUUAAAGAAAAAAGUAAGCAAACACGUUUGGGGUUCGCCAAAAGUCAUGUGGGAGACUCCCCAAACAUAUGGAAGAAGGUACUCUGGUCAGAUGAGACUAAAAUUGAGCUUUUUGGCCAUCAAGGAAAACGCUAUGUGAAUAGUUAUGCACGCUCAAGUUCUGUUUUUUUGUCUUAUUUCUUGUUUGUUUCACACAAAAAAAAUAUUUUGCAUCUUCAAAGUCAAAUCAAAUCAAAUGUUAUUUGCCACAUGCACCGAAUACAACAGGUGUAGACAUUACAGUGAAGUGCUUACUUACAAGCCCUUAACCAACAAUGCAUUUUUUAAAGAUGUUUUAUUUUUAAAGUGUUAAGUAAAAAAAAAGAAAAGCAAAUAACUAAAGAGCAGCAGUAAAAUAAAAUAACAGUAGGGAGGCUAUAUACAGGGGGGUACCGGUGCAGAGUCAUGUUGGUAGGCAUGUUGUGUAAAUCAAAUGAUGCAAACCCCAAAAAAAUAUAUUUUAAUUCCAGGUUGUAAGGCAACAAAAUAGGAAAAAUGCCAAGGGGGGUGAAUACUUCCGCAAGCCACUGUAUAUAUAGGGUGUCCACCAUCUCUGCCCAGAGUGGUUGAAAACGUACUUUGGUGAUGACAUUUCCCUUCCUUAUGUUAUAGAAUGCUUGUGGAAUGGUCCCCUGUAGCUCAGUUGGUAGAGCAUGGUGCUUGCAACGCCAGGGUUGUGGGUUCGUUUCCCACGGGGGGCGAGUAUGAAAAUGUAUGCACUCACUAACUGUAAGUCGCUCUGGAUAAGAGCGUCUGCUAAAUGACUAAAAUGUAAUAGAAUACAUUUUACCAAGACAAAUAUGAUUCUUCAUGUUCUGAAUCGUUCAGUGGGGUCUUCUUCUAACAUACAUUAAGAUUAUAUCCAUAAGUCGGAUUUCAUAUCCUAAUACAUCCCAUAAUAAGCACCUAGCUCUGUUGACAGAGCGAUGCAGCUUUCUUGCCGAAACAUUUGAUGAUUUUACAUUUUGUGGUCGCCAUCUUCCAAGUUGUUUCCGCAGGUCGCAAAUAGCAAAAUUAGCAUGACAAGCUGAAUUAAAUGUAAAAGGCUUUGAAAAUAAAAAGCUUGCUCCGUUUACAUUUCACAGAGAUACGCUUGUUUUGUGAGAAGUCUUUGAAAAAGAACAGGAACUUCAAAUGAAUAUGAACAGCGUAAACUAAAAUAUGGAAAUACUACAUCAUGUCUCAAAAUUUGACAUCUAUCUUACCUUUAUAUUGUUUUAAUUGUGCUUUCAAGGCAACUGGGAACUCUGAAAAUAAUGAGGUCGAAUCAUGACAUCAGUGAUCUUCAGGUCAGAAAAUCGGAGCUCUAGAAAGAUGCCAGAUUUUCUGACUUGGAAUUCCGUGUUGGAUGACAGCUCAAAAUGAUUUUUCCCCAUCAGAGCUAGUUUGUCCAGUUGUUCCCAGUUGUCUUGAACGUACUGAAGUCGGUGGUCAGAGAUUUCCUAGUUCCCAGUUCCCAGUUGUUUUGAACGUGGCAUAUGUCCUCCGGAUUUGAGAAGAAAGAUGCCAAGUUCAAUGGUAAACCUGUCAACUGGGAACUCUGAAAUAAACAAGCUCCGACUGGGAAAAAUUUUUUUGAACGGUCAUCCAACUCGGAUUUCCAAGUUGGAAACUCUGGCAUCUUUCUAGAGCGCCGACCUCCCGACCUGCAGAUCACUGACAUCAUGAUUUGACCUAAAAAUGCCAAUAAAUGUUGUUCUGAUUAUGAGAGAGACUCUGGUGUGACCCUGUCACUCAAGGAGAGAGCAGUUGCUCCACCAGAGUCGCAAGCAUUUUCUUGCUGUUCACUCUGCAGUCUGCAUGAUAACAAGAUGUUGGUGACAUGCUGCUUUCCACAAGCAUUCUAUAAUUACACUAUUAGUUUGUGUAUCUUACUGUCUACAAAAUAGUUUGUCUUUCUUAGCAAGUUGUGGCUAAAAUAAAGCUUGUUAGCCGCUAUUGCAAAUUGCUAGUUAGCUGGCUAGCUAGGUUGCUAAAUGUACAGUACUAAGAGCAGUGGUGUAGUGAGUGGUAUACGUAGGUAUACACCUUAUACCCGUAUACUCACUUCUUAAUUACCACGAUGUGUAUCAACGUAGUAUAGUGGAGGUAUACGCCAUAUCAAUUAAUACGUCUGAUGGAACAGAUCAGAAUGUUUAGCUUAAAAUGUUAUUAUUAUUAUUUGUAAUUAUUUUUAUAUUAACACAUACAAUCGACUUGCAGUGAAGCCGCUCAACAUUUACAUUAUAUUCAGUCAUCUAACAGACUCCCAUCCAGAGCGACCCACAGAAGCAACCAGGGUCAACGCCCUGCUCAAGGACACGUCAGCCACCGGCCCAAGCUCCCAACCGCCAGGCCACCAGCCCUCCAAGAUCCCCCCCACUGUUCCCAGAGAGCUGCCCCUCAACCAUCCGAGGCCUAUGCACAAAUGUUCCAAAAUGAAAUUAGCGGGAAAACACUGUUCUAAAAUGCACACCGCACAUGCAAGCGGUUUCAUGGACAGAGAUGUAAAUAUGAUAUCCAUUAGAACUAAAAUGGGUUGCAUUAUGACUAGGAUAAUGCCUUUGGCUGCUAGACAAUGAAAGAAAGUUGAAAGAAAAACAAUAGAACAGGAGAAUAAGUCUUUAUAAAAGAAUUGCCUCCACGUUUCUAUGGUGGGACUUUGGCUAUAGGCUACUUUGAAGCCAGGUAAGACAUGCCUCAUAAUAUAGUAAAACGUCCAGCUUUAAAAAAAUUAAGGAACAGGAAAAAUAUAACGAUGCUAAUGAUAGGCCUAACCGUCUUCUGGUAGAUGGAAAGGCUUUCCCCAAAACCUUCUCUAUUAAAUGUUAACUAGCUACAAAGUAGCCUAUUCCUACCGGACAGAAUGAUAUCAUGAUUAUUUGCAUCAAUCCAGUAGCCAUUUGUUUUGCAAACUCCAUCUAAUGUGCUACAGAAACACUGCUAACCAAACAACAGUGCUAGGUGCCUACUCACUUGAAUUAAAGGGUGACUACACAAAAAAAUCUAAAUCUAUUAGAUUAUUUUCCAGAUGUCAAAAGUGGUCUCCUGAGUUGGUUUAAGCGUUGUUGUGGACUUCGAACAUUACAUUUAGUUGUUUUUCGAUAAAAAAAGUGUGACUUUGAGAGCAAAACCCAUAUCAUGCAGCGCUGUGUGGCACAGUGUGGAAAUGAUAACAAAAGUGCAUUUCGGCAGGUAGCUUAGUGGUUAAGAGUGUUGUGCCAGUAACCAAAAGGUCGCUGGUUCUAAUCCCUGAGCCGACUAGGUGAAAAAUCUGUCGAUGUGCCCUUGAGCAAGGCACUUAACCCUAAUUGCUCUUGUAAGUCGCUCUGGAUAAGAGCGUCUGCGAAAUGACUAAAAUGUAAAUGCAGGAAAUGCAGAAAUUGAUUAAACUGCUGAAAAUAUUUAUUUUUUGGAAGUUGGAUUGAACAGUAUGAAACAAUUAGAAUGGAGAAAGUCCCAUUGAAAUCACGUAUGAUGUAUGUGUUGCCGCUCUUGGGUCAUGAACUACUCAUAAAGCAUAUUUAGAACUUUUAUUAUUCAAAAACAUAAAAUACUGUCAUACCGUAAAAAAUGUGGAAAAUAUUGUCGUUUGAUAUUUUGGCCAUAUCGCCCAGCACUAUAACAAACUGUUACAUCCAGCAUGUUUGUUUCUGUAGUUCUCAUUCUGUUGUAUCCUUCUCUUCUUAGUGGCGGUCUGAAGGAGCAUGAUGUCAUCAUCUCCAUCAACGGCCAGCGGAUCUCCUCUGCAACCGACGUCAGCACCAUCAUCAAGAAGGACGCCACGCUGCAGGUGGUGGUCCGCCGUGGUAACGAGGACGCCAUCAUCACCAUUGUUCCCAUGGAAAUCGACCCCUGA